CAAUUAAAAUGAAGUUUAAUUAAAAUAAUAAUUUAGCUCUGAUCUAAGUGUUCAAGUGAGAUUCGGCUUCUGUAAAUUUCCUGCUUUAAAGACCCAUUGUGAAGGCCAAAAUAGUGAAUAAUAGUGCUGAAGGUGUUAGGGGAGUGGUGGUGGGCUGUUAGAUGUUGUAGGAUGUUGUCUGGUAGAGCGCGGAUGCUGAUUGGGUCUGCAUAGCUCAAAAUGAGCAUAAAUUUAGGACUCCCCGUGUAAGCCAUGGCCCCUCCUGGAAAUAAUAGACAGGGUAUAUCCCUCGAUAUUUGUGAGAGGCUAGCCAAUAUGCACAUUAAUCUAUCUAAGGACUUAAUAAGAUGUUUUUUAGUGUAUGCCUGCUGUUUUAGCUUAUUUUAGGUUGAAAAUUAUUUAUAUUUUAACUCCAGAAUGAGGAAAUCUACUCUCAGUAGUAAGAGGAAAUCUGAGUGGAUAUCAUCUUCAUUUGGAGGGCAGGCAGAUGUGUCAAACCAAAAGAAGACACAUGUAAACACUCAAGCCACUACAAAGACGUCAUCUCUAACUCCAACAAGCAAUAAAAAGGACAGUGAAGAAUUUACUCCAUGGAUUGAAGUUUACAAGCCUGUUACUGAGAACGACCUCGCUGUGCAUAAGAAAAAAGUCGAAGAAGUAAAGCAGUGGUUGCACAAGCAUUUUAAAAAUAUACGUCGGCAGGAAGAAAUUGGUAUAUUAUUGCUGACUGGACAAGCAGGGACUGGAAAAACUGCUGUUGUCCAAGUUUUGGCUAAAUAUUUAAAUUAUGAAAUAAAGGAAUGGAUUAACCCUGUAGGUCAAGAUUACCAAGAGAAAUCAAACACAGGUUGGAGAGAUUUUUUGACAUCGCAAAACUCACAAUGUCAACAGUUUUCUGAUUUUUUACUCAGAGCUAACCGUUACAAUGGUUUGAGUAUGGUUGGUGAAGUUGGUGAUAUCCAACUGAAAAAAAAAAUCGUCCUUAUCGAGGAUUUACCUAAUUUCGUGUUUCGAAAUCCCAGUAAACUACAUACUAUACUAAGACAAUAUCACGUGACAGGUCGAAGUCCAGUUGUGUUUAUUAUGUCUGAUACUCACACUUCUGAAGCUACAGUUCAUUCGGUCUUUCCGAAAAAUAUCCAGCACGAACUUGGCAUCCAUAACAUCAGUUUCAAUGGGGUAGCUGCCACAGCUUUAAAGAAAGCAAUGGAUAAAAUAGUUUCCGAAGAGUCGAAAUCGCAUGAGAUAACGAUUCCAUCAAAGGACAUUUAUGAGAUGAUAGCUGCAAGCAGUAACGGAGACAUACGAUCGUGCAUCAAUUCAUUACAGUUUUUUUGCACUGAUUGCAGAUUAAAUGAUGCGACAGUAAGUAAAAAGAAUGGGAAGACUAAAGCCAAAACAAAAGGUAAACGAACCACGAGGAGCAAAAACACAUCCUCAUCGAAACAAAGUGAAGAAGUGUUUUCCUGUAUCGGUGGAAGAGACCAUUCCAUAUUUCUUUUUCGAGCGUUGGGAAAAAUUUUAUAUUCAAAAAGAACAGUAUUAAAAAAGGCUGACCGUUUAAAGCAGCUGCCAGAAUAUAUGCAGCAUUUGACUCGUGACCAAUUACAAGUUGAUCCAGAAGAUGUUUUUGAACACACACAAAUUGCAUCAGAUACAUUCCUCUUAUAUUUACAUCAAAAUUACCCAGAAUUCUUUGCCGACAUUGAUGCUCUGUCCGAUGCAAGUAUAUCCAUCACAGAUGCAGACGUCAUGAGUGGCGUGUGGGCGAAUCGCAACAUUAUGGCCGACUAUUCUGCAUCUGUUUCUAUGAGAGGAAUUAUGUUUGCGAACACCUCAUCACCCUCCUCCACUGGCGCUGUUUCAGGAGGAUGGAGACCUUUACAUAAACCUCAAUGGUUUGAUUCUUUUAAAACUAGAAACAUCAGAAAAAGAACUACAAAUGAUUUAUUUCAUGAUAGCCGUCAUACAGCUGUUGAUUUAUACACCGAAGUGCUCCCAUAUUUGGGUAAAACCAAAACAAUACUAAAAACGUCAGGACACAGAUGUUUUGUUCAAGAUAUAUCGAAAUUUCCGAUCAGUCGCAACUUGUUCAGACCGGCUUUAAAAAAAAUUGAAGAUGGCGCCGUCGAUGACAGUUUACCAGAUAGCGAAACAUACGGAACCGAAGAAAUAAAACCGACUCACGAAAACGAAGAUAUUUUAUUGGGGGAAGAAAGCGACGAAAAUUUAAUUGAAGAUUUUGAAGAUUAGGGAAAUGUGUAUCUUGUGACACUGAAAUUUAUUUUUCUAAACUGUU